AUGUAUAUCCAGCUGACGUCGCUUGCAGAGCAGCUAAUUCAUCUCGUUAGCUCCUGUCUUUUACGACUUCGUCAGGUCGACCAGGAAGACAACAAUCGGAAGGUAGUAACCAUACGGCGCCACACGCUCAAAGCCUGGCAGGCGACAACAAACGAGCUCAAUCGCAGCCGGCUUGUGCAGCGGGACAGGGCCUGGAAGCGCUUCUCGCUCUUGUGGCAAAGGGUGGGAACUCUCAUCCCGCCGGUGCCAGACCUUGAGGCGGAGGAAGCCGUGUUCGAUGUGCUGCAGUGGUGCGGGUGGAGCGAAUGUCUGUGCAAUGUCCACAAACCUGCGCACAGAAUGAGAGUAUGCAAGGGCUGCUGGGUCGUUGCUUACUGCGGUGCCGAGUGCCAAAAGAAGUAUGUGCUAUGA